CUCUGUCUCGAUGCCGGGCGACAGGUGCGAAGAAACAACUGUAUGGAACCGCUGAUGCUGAACACCAAGGACAGGACUGAGAUUGACGCCGAACAGAUUGACUUCAACCGAAAGGUGCUGCACACCGCAUGGCAUCCGCAAGAGGACUUAAUCGCCGUCGCCGCGACAAACAACUUGUGCUUGUUUACAUCAUGA